UGCUGUCAGUUAUCAGUCAAUUGUGAACAAUCAGCAGCGAUUUUGGUAGGCAGCGAAAUUUUUCGCAACAAUCUUGGCCACCAUAAAAUUUUGAAUAAAUUUCGAUUGUAUAAAACUACGAGUAUUUAUUACAAGUUUAAAAAAUGAUGAACGCUGUGACACGUGUUUACCUACGCGCUGUCAGUCAGACAGUUUCCAACGUCAUCAAGCCAGCCGCAGUAGCUACCACUCAGGCCCAACGCAAUGCGCACACUGAUUUGCGGGUGCCUGACUUCUCCCCUUACCGUCGCGAGUCUGUAAACACACCAAACCGUAAGGAUGAUUCCGCCGAGAGCCGCAAGGCAUUCUCUUACAUGCUUAUUGGCGCUGGUGCUGUUGGCAGUGCAUACGCAGCUAAGGGACUGGUAACCGCGUUCGUGAGCUCGAUGAGCGCAACUGCUGAUGUUUUGGCCAUGGCUAAGAUUGAAAUCAAGCUUAGUGAUAUUCCAGAGGGCAAGUCGGUCACAUUCAAAUGGCGUGGCAAACCUUUGUUCAUUCGUCAUCGUACAGCCAGCGAAAUUCAAACCGAGCGCUGGGUUGCAGUUUCCACAUUGCGUGAUCCUCAAGCCGAUGAUCAACGUGUAACCAAGCCAGAAUGGUUGGUCGUAAUCGGUGUCUGUACGCAUUUGGGUUGUGUACCAAUUGCCAAUGCUGGUGACUUCGGCGGUUAUUACUGUCCGUGCCAUGGUUCUCACUACGAUGCCUCUGGACGUAUUCGCAAAGGACCAGCUCCAUUGAAUUUAGAAGUACCGGCUCAUAUAUUCCCUGAUGAUGGCACACUGGUCGUUGGUUAAGUACGAAGUAGUUCAGUUAAACAAAGAAAACGAAGUGAAAGGUGUAAACAUAAUUUAUAACUCAAUAAAAAAGUUGGGGCGAAAUGUGAUUCGUUUACCCGUAUGCAUUGGUGUAUAUGGCGCAAGUUGCACUGAUCUUUAAAAAAAAACUUAAA